CUCGUUUCACUCGUUUAGCAUUUUAUACUUUACUCGUUUAUUUAUUGAACAAUAUAAUAAAACGCUGUGAGUUUCUGUUAUCCUGGUGUAUUUUAACUGUUUAUCUAAAAGUUAAGUGGUUGCAGGAACCUUCUUCUAUCAUAAUUUUAUAGCUUAAUGCACCGGUUAAUUCACCUAGAAUAUUGUGCUCCCUAAUCAAAACAAAUUAAGCCGCCAGAAAGGCAUGUCCUUCGAGGAUGGCAUAUCACUGGACCGACAACAUACACACGACUGCCCUCACGCCAAGGGAUUAUCAGGUGGAACUACUGGCCUCGGCAAAAGAGCGGAACUUGAUUCUUUGCCUUGCUCAUAAUUCCUCCAAAGAAUUCAUUGCACUGAAGCUGAUCCAUGAACUGGGCUUCCAGCUUAGGAAAUCCACCAACCGGAAACGCACAGUCUACAUCUCCAAUAAUGAUUCUGUUUACAAUUUGAUGAAGAAUCUUACAGAUCUGAAGGUAGUUUAUGUAAGCGACGAUGAUGAGGAUGAAGUAGACUGGGAACGGACAGUAGAAGAUAACCAGGUAAUCAUUACGGAUGAAGAGAAAUGCUUGGAUGCUCUUAUCUGUGGAUACUUAGACUUAAACGAAGUCAAUCUGCUGGUGAUCGACGAUUGCCACAAAGUAUAUGGUAAUGACGAGAUAUCAGAACUGUUUAGCGACUAUUACAAUCUGUGUACUGAGAAACCAAAAAUUUUGGGACUAGCAGGACCUUUGCAUAAUGCCGGGUGCAUUCCAGGCAGGCUGAGUGCCGAGUUAGAACAACUCGAGUGGUGCCUAAAGUCGAAAGCGGAAACUGCCAGCGACAUUGUUACCGUAUUAAGAUAUUGCACCAAACCCAAGGAAAUAAUACUGCAAUGCGCACCACCACCGGACAACGAUUUAGCACUUUAUUUAAAGGAAAUAGUUCUAACGCACAUCACCUUUCUCACCGACCAUCGGUAUGAUCCAUCAGAAAUUUACGAAGAUGACGAAUUCCUCGAAGAACUGAAAAAUAUUCCGGAUCCGCGCACAGAUCCACUCAAAUUCCUCAAUGAAUUCCUUGCCGUAUUGGAAGAAAUGGGUCCCUGGUGUGCAGAUCGGGCAGCUCUGGCGAUGAUUGUUCAAAUUGAAAAGCAAAAGAUAAAAACACCAUACGAGAGGCAUUUUCUGCUUCUCUGCCUUGUUUCGACGGUUUUCGUACAGAUCAGAUCGCAUUGUGACCAAAUAUUUCAACAGUAUUCAAGUGAAAGGGAAAAAAUCCAAGCCCAUUCCUCACCCAAAGUUCUUCGAAUAUUGGAAAUAUUCCACUUAUUUAGCCCAGUAGCACAAGGUAAAAAAGAUCACACAGUAAUGGAAGCGGUUGCAGAAGAGGAGCAGAUGGAAACAUGCCAAUCAGGAUCAUGUCAAACCUUACUGGAGGAAAUAAAGCUUAUUGAUUUCAGGAAAUUAAUCGCUGAUGUAGACGUAGUUUCCAAAAACAUCGAAAGCAUUACAGAAGGAAUAGAAAACCUGAAAACCUCACUCAGACAGAUUUCGGAUCCGGAUAAAUUGGAACAUGACGCCACAGUGCAGGGUAAAAAGUUACGAUCGCCGACAAAGAAUGGCUUACGACAGAUGCGGCAACGAAAAAAGUUUGGACCAGGAAAUCGGCCACACAGAUCUAAUUAUUAUAAUCAAAACGAUCCUGAUGCUCUUUGCGCACUUAUUUUCUGCAAUUCAAAGUUUAUUGCCAAAAUUUUGUACAGUUUGUUCUACGAAAGUAUUCGAUCAGAUCCUCAGCUGGCUUACAUCAAUGUGCAGUACACAGUAGAUAAAACAGCAGAUCCAAUCAAGGAACCAAAAGAAGCCGAAAUCGAGCAUCGAAAACAAGAGGAAGUGCUAAAGCGAUUUAGAAUGCACGAAUGCAACCUGUUGAUCGGAACUUUGGUCCUUGAGGAGGGUAUCGAUUUACCCAAAUGUAAUCUCGUGAUACGCUGGAACGAACCGGUUAGCUAUCGAUCGUACGUACAAUGUAAAGGACGAGCCCGGGCGGCUUCAGCAUAUCAUAUUCUUUUUGUUACACCUACUCCAGAUCUAAACCAUCCGAGUAAAAUUGAAGAUCUGAGUGAUAGAAUGCAUCGUUAUAUAUGCGACAAAACAAGAUUCGAGAAGAAGAAAGAUCAUGCACAGAGCGAUUCUAUGGAAGUCGAAACCGAAUCCAGUGUUGUAGAAAAUGGAGUAGUAUGUGUAGUCAGCUCAAAUCCAAAUUUUAAUGAGCUUGAAACUUAUCACAAAUCUAGCAUGCAGGUGAUGGCAAAUUGUACAAAUGAAAUGAUUGAAAAAAUAGCCAUCUACAUGGAAAUCGAAAAGCUGCUGUUGCGAAAAUGUGAGAACAUGGAACCAUCGGAGAGCGAUCAACUGUAUGCCGAUUGUUUUAAUCGCUUCCUAGAACCAUAUCGACCCCUUCCGGAGACGGAUGAAAAUAGCAACAGCGUUGGACUGGCCAAUGCCAUUCAAAUGGUCAACAAGUACUGUGCCAAGUUGCCGAGCGACACAUUCACCAAACUCACCCCACUGUGGCGAGGGGCCAAAAUCGUACGGAAUGGACAUGUACUGUACCAAUGCACGAUACGAAUGCCCAUCAAUUCACCGCUCAAGGAGGAUAUCCUGGGACUACCCAUGCCUACGGAGAUCCUGGCAAGACGCAUGGCCGCCUACACAGCAUGUCGUGUUCUCCACAAAGUUGGAGAAUUGGACAAUUCUCUACAACCAAUCGGAAAGGAGUCCUUCCGUGCGUUCGAAGCUGACUGGGAGGAUUUUGAGCUGGAGAGCAAUGAUGCACAGAUUGUGAAUGAAAACUCGGAACCAAGACCAGGAACAACAAAACGGAGACAGUAUUACUACAAAAGAAUUGCAUCUGCCUUUUCGGAAUGUCGUCCUACAAUUGGAUCAAAAGUAUUCCUAUAUCACAUAAAUAUGACCCUGCAGUGUCCCAUCCCGGAGGAACAAAACACUCGCGGUCGCAAGAUCUAUCCACCGGAAGAUUCUCCACAAGGUUUUGGCAUACUAACGACAAAGCUUAUUCCAAAGGUUAGUGCAUUUCCAAUUUUCACUCGCUCGGGUGAAGUGAAGGUGGCUUUGGAUCUGUGCAGCGAGCGACCCAUAUUGAAUCAGGAACAACUGGAGAAGAUUCAUAUGUUUAUAAAUUACACAUUCACCAAAGUGUUGAGGCUGCAAAAGUAUCUUAUGCUGUAUGACCCUGAAGCAAUGGAAAACUGCUUCUUUAUCGUUCCAACAAUAUCACGUGGAAGCGUUGUUACGGUGGAUUGGAAUUUCAUUGACGUUAUUGCCAAAAAUGUGGAUAAAAUGCCGACUUUUGUACCAGAUCAAAACCGUAAAAGUUAUACUUUCGAUAGCAAUCAAUUCAAAGAUGCAGUGGUUAUGCCAUGGUAUCGGAACCAAGAUCAACCUCAAUAUUUCUACGUUGCGGAGAUUUGCUAUCAUCUGUCUCCGAAAAGCUCCUUCCCCGGAUUAAACUAUAGCACGUUUGAAGAAUACUAUUUCAAAAAGUACAAUAUACUGAUACAAAAUUGUAAGCAACCCCUGCUGGAUGUGGACCACACUAGUGCCAGACUGAAUUUUUUAACACCAAGAUACGUCAAUCGUAAGGGCGUAGCGCUUCCCACAAGUUCCGAGGAAACCAAACGAGCCAAGCGUGAAAAUCUCGAGCAGAAGCAAAUUCUUAUACCAGAACUGUGCACGAUACAUCCAUUUCCUGCAUCGUUGUGGAGAGCCGCGGUUUGUUUGCCAUGUAUUCUCUAUAGGAUCAAUGCCCUACUGCUAGCCGAUGAGAUUCGCAAAGAGGUAGCUAACGACCUCGGUUUGGGGACCACGAACAUAGCCGAUAAAGCAUUCGAAUGGCCUAUUUUGAAUUUUGGUUGGAGCCUUGCCGAUGUGCUAAAGAAGUCAAGAGAAGCAAAACUGAAUGCCUCACAUCAACCAACGGCCAUUGAAGUAUGUACCGAAGAAGCUGAAGAAGUCGAAAAACCUCCUGAUGAUCCAAAGGAAGACAAAAUGGAACAAGAAGAUAAAGAACCAAUAGCGGAAAAUGAUGAAGAACCUAAAGCGAAAAAUGGCGAUGACCCUAAAGCGGAUAACGAUAACGAUGAAAAAACGGCAAAUGAUUUACUUGAAGAGGCCGAUAAAAAAUUAAAAGCAGAAGGAUUCCAAAUCGGUACAUGGUCAAAUGAAAUGGCUGAAACUAUACGGGUGGGAAUGAUGCUAGAAGAGGAUAACUGGGGACUUCCACCGAAUGUAGACCUGUGUUCUAGGAAUAGAACAAACAUUCGUUACGGUUCACCGACUUCGUGGGAUGUCGGAAACAAGGACCAAACGACAGAUCGGUAUUAUACCGAUUCCGAAGGAUCAUACGUUUCAGAUGACGAUUUAGAUGCCGGCAGUGGUGAUAGCGAUUUCGACCACAAUUACGGUCUUAAGAUCGAAUUUAAAUCGGACAACGUUGCCGAAGCGAUCGAGUCUGAAGAUGAUAUUCUCAAACGACAGAAACAACGAGACAUAAUCAAUAGCACUAACAUCAAUGAGCAGUUGUACCAGAAUUCGAAAAACGUGAGUAGUGGAUUCGAUUGUACAAAAGGAAACGAUUUGGAACGAAAUAUCAAAUUACAUGAGGAGCAGUUUAAACAGUCUACUAACGAAUUUAAAGAGCAGAUUAAAAGUUGUGGAACCUUAGUGAAGUUUGAUGAAGCGCUUACAGUUGAAAACGUUCUUCGAAAAUCCAAUGGUGCUAAAUUGGAAUGUGCCAGUAAUCGGGAAAUUUACGAAUUAUUCCCGUUUGCAUCAAAGGAAUCAGUCGAUCAUUACGUUAAAACUACAGAUGAUGGAGCAAAAUACAUGAAUCUCGAUGGAUUUUAUGAAUUAAAUAAGCCGUACUUUCCUGAAACUUUUACCGUACUAGGCACUGGUGAUGUAUUUGAUAGGUUUAAUGAUGAACAUGUUUUAACAAUACAUAAAAAUGGCCAAAAAACAAUAGUGUUGAACAUGGAAAAUCCUUUCGCAAAGAGCGAAAAUUCUCCAAAUAUUGUAAACGGCUGCGAGGAACAACCAAUUGAUCUUACAUUCUUAAUAACAAAUCUCAGUUAUGUUAACAAUAAUCCAGACGAAUUUAGUUUCGAUUACCAACCAGAUUUGAACAAUCACCCUGGCCCAAGUCCUAGCAUAAUCCUACAAGCUCUCACAAUGUCCAAUGCCAACGACGGUAUCAAUUUAGAACGAUUAGAAACGAUUGGGGACUCGUUCCUAAAAUAUGCCAUAACCACCUACCUGUAUUGCACCUACGAAAAUGUCCACGAGGGAAAGCUGAGCCACCUGCGAUCGAAGCAGGUAUCCAAUCUAAACCUCUACCGGCUAGGUAGGAGGAAAGUACUGGGCGAAAGUAUGAUAGCGACCAAGUUCGAACCUCACGACAAUUGGUUGCCACCCUGUUAUUAUGUGCCGAAGGAGCUAGAACAAGCUCUCAUCGAUGCCAAGAUACCCGCUUGCCACUGGAAUUUAGCAGAUUUGCCAGACAUCAAACAGCUUUCGAGCGAAGAAAUCUGUAGGCUAGUAAAGGAACGCGCACUGACUCUUGGACUUUUGGACGACUCAGAUGACGAAGAUGGUGAAACGAUGAAGGAAAUUCAACAGCUGGAAAUACGGAAUGACGAAUUUAUCAAAAACUCCGAUUAUUUUGCAUGCUUCAUUCCGUACAAUCUCGUAACCCAGCACAGCAUCCCGGACAAAUCUGUAGCGGAUUGUGUGGAAGCUCUGAUCGGUGCUUAUCUGAUUGAAUGUGGACCACGUGGUGCGCUUCUUUUGAUGGCCUGGUUAGGUAUAAGGGUUCUCCCAGUGUACGAAGUCCUAUACGACACUAUUCAAACGAGGGUACCGGGCAGUUCUCCGAGCUACGAAAAAGACGGGACCGAGAUGCAAUCCGUGUACGGUUAUUGGAUACCACCCAAAUCACCGCUUCUAACGCAUGCACCCAAUCCAAAAGAUACGCUGGAGCAUCUCUUGGACGGGUACAGUGCAUUCGAAGACUCGUUGGAGUAUAGAUUCAUAGAUCGGUCAUAUCUGCUUCAAGCCAUGACCCAUGCUUCGUAUUGUCCAAAUAGACUGACGGAUUGUUAUCAGCGGUUGGAGUUCCUUGGCGAUGCUGUGCUAGAUUACCUUAUCACUAGACAUCUCUACGAGGAUCCAAGGCAGCAUUCUCCCGGAGCACUAACAGAUUUGCGAUCGGCUUUGGUCAACAAUACGAUCUUUGCCUCUUUGGCAGUGAGACAUGAUUUCCACAAGUAUUUUAGGCAUCUAUCACCCGGUUUGAAUGACGUCAUUGAUCGUUUUGUGCGAAUACAGCAGGACAAUGGGCACAUUAUCAGUGAGGAGUACUAUUUGAUCUCCGAGGACGAAUGCGACGAGGCAGAGGAUGUUGAAGUACCUAAGGCCUUGGGUGAUGUUUUCGAGUCCGUAGCGGGAGCUAUUUUCUUGGAUUCGAACAUGUCACUGGAUGCCGUGUGGAAGGUAUAUCGAAACAUGAUGGGACCAGAAAUAGAACAGUUUAGCAACUCUGUACCCAAGUCUCCUAUUAGAGAGCUCCUAGAGCUGGAACCAGAAACGGCCAAGUUUGGCAAACCGGAAAAGCUGGCCGACGGACGACGCGUUCGAGUAACCGUUGAAGUAUUCGGAAAAGGAACAUUCCGCGGUAUUGGUCGCAAUUAUCGCAUAGCCAAGUGCACCGCCGCCAAGUGUGCACUUAGGCAGUUGAAAAAGAUGGGCUUGAUCAACAAACGCCGCUAAUCUAUUGUAGGUUGGUAGGUAUAUGCAAGCAAACUGAGCCAGUCUUAUCUUUGCAUUGAGUGUUAUUGGCGAAGCAAGGUUUUUUUAUUGGUUACAUAGUUCCUACUUUUAUUUAUUAUAAGACUGUUGCUUCAAAUUGAAGCGGAUGUUAUGCAGAAAUCCCAUUUCAAAAUUAUUUUCCUAGUCAUUUUCAAGUGUCCAACAGUGUAGAUAAUUGGAUCUUUUGUUCUAUAAUCGGUCUUGCCCGCACAGAAAACUCCAUUUUUUGAGCAUCAUGACAAAAAUUUCCAUUAGAGUUAUAAGAUAACUCUUCACAAGCGAACAAAAUACUUUGAAGACCACUCUUAGCGCAGAAAUUCGAUGAAACAUGAAAUAGCAUAAAUGAUCGAAGGUGCUUAAUCUUUAACGCUAGCCCAGACUAUGACGUUAUACCUUGUUAUAAGGCUAUCUUGAUGACAUUUUCUUGUCGAUUAUUGUUAUGACAAUUUAUAAAGAGCUCUUAUACUCUAAAAAUAAUAUAUGGCGAGUGGAAUGGAAAAUUUCAAAUGGUUUACUAUUCAACGCGAUUUAACGCAACCCUAUAUUCUCAUAUAAAUAAUUAUUUAAUGGUUAUCGAGCGCUAUUACGCCCCAAUAUAAAGCUGAAUUAAAAAAAAAAUAACAGUGGAUAUAGCUAAUAAAGUAGCCCGUAACAAGCACUGCUGAUGCCAACUUAUUGCCGUUACAA